UGCCUUCACCCACAAGCACAACAAAGUUGAAAAUUGUUUUAUUUCAUUGACGAUUUACAAAAUCGGUAAUUUUUGGCAUUUAAAAAAAUAUAUAUAUACAAAAGGGGUACCUAUCUCUCUUUCUAGAUGUUUUAUGUAAUAUGAUGACAGUGCUUGAGUUCAAAUACCAAUUGCUGACUUAGGUGAUUAGCUAAUACAAUUAUAGAGUUGAACAUGUUAUUUUGGGCCAAGCUAGCUAACGUUACUUAGAGCAACCGGUAGUUUAAAUACAUAUGAACCAGUAAAGCCAUUUCUCUGAUGUAAUGUUAGUCGACACAGAUCUACAUUAAUGAAAUAUCUCGUUGAACAUUGACAUUAUGCUAUCUAAGAUAGCUAGCUAUUUAUAAAUAAUACAAGUACAAAUUAAAGUUCAUGGCUGGCUCACUGAGUGGCAAGAAAUAAACAUUACACAGUUGGUUAGCAAAUGUUUAGUUAGCUGGAAAACCUGCCAUUGACCUUUAAAAUAUCUUAUUUGAUUAGUCAUAAAUGUGGUCUAUGUCAGCAAAAGUCAGACCAUAACAUGACAAUAGUAUUUGUGCACUCUUCUGCAACGGUCAAUACGUCAAAUGUAACUUAAUCAAUCAGUAUUGUCAUUUUUUACCUUUGAAACCGCUCAAGUUAUCAUCCCCGGAAGAAAGGCUAUUUUUGUAUAGGUCAUAUGACAUGUUCCACUUCCUUGAAGCCACCAUGCAUCUUCGGGUGACGCUUUCCUGAAUCAUGUGACGGGGUACUUAUAAGUCCCGUCACAUAUUGUCAGUUAUUUAAAAAAAAUAUUUGGUACUGUCUUUGGUCGAGUUGUGGUGACACACGUGUUGCGGACAAAGUUUCGGCUUCUGCACGUAGCUAGCUGCGCCGAAAUGGCAGGAGGUGUGAGGAAAAAGUCGUACCCUGGUCCACGGUCUAGAGUCUGGGCGCCACUUCGUACACUAUGGCAGGAGAAACAUUUGAUCGUAUUCAAGGCAGAGUACACAAUACUGGUCGCCUCUGUUCUGUGGUUCCUGGAGAUCGGAAUAAACAUAUGGGUCAUCCAAAAAGUAGCAUGUAAGUACUAGUAGCAUGCUAGCAGUUUAGCCAGUUAGCUUGGCCCU